AUGACGAUCAAGUUGAAGCCUAGUCAUUCCCCAGAUCCUCCCCCAUUCUCUUGGGACGAUGUUCCCAGCACUCCACCCCCACCCGCAGAUAUAAGCUCACCUCCGUCCCCGCCCACUUCAUGGCUCUCCGCCCGCGACAUGAAAAUGUUCGGCGCGGAACCGCUCAGAGAAGAGAUAGGCUUGGUGAAGUGCAUUGAUUGCGGUAAACCUGUGCUGAGAAGCGCAAUACUCGAACAUGCUGAGAACUGUGCUAAGAUACGGAACGGCGGAAAGAAGGGUGCAAAAGGAAAAGCAAACGGAGAAGCUGACACAGAUACUACGAAGAAGGGUAAGAAGCGCAAGGCAGAAGAUGAGGAUCCUACCCCGGACGAUCCCUCCCUGCCCAAGAAGAAGAAAUCAGCAACUAAAGUCACCAAAGGACGCUUUAAAGGCCCAGUGGAUUACGAUAAACAAUGCGGGGUCAUUAAUGACAAGGGCCUCCCAUGCUCUCGUUCUCUCACAUGCAAGUCACACUCCAUGGGCGCGAAGCGUGCCGUUCAAGGCAGAUCGAAACCCUACGAUGAGCUGCUCUUGGAGUGGAAUCGACUCAACAAUCCAAAUUGGGUAGAACCUGUGAAGAAGGAGAGUAAGGCAGAGAGGAAGGAAAGGAAGGAGAGGGAGAAGGCUGAGAAGAAAAAGUUGGCUAUGGAAGCUGCCGCAGCUGCAGGUAUCGAGCUCUCCAAGAAGGCGUUGAACACCGUCCUGGGUACGUCUGGCACGAAGAAAGGGAAGAAGGCGGCUGUUGCGGCUGCUGCUGCGGCUGCGGCUGCUGCGGUCGCGGCAUCCACGAUGGGCCCUGGAGAGGACGUAUACGAAAAUCUGGAUGAUAUCGAUUCCGAAGGGGAGGUGGACUCGUUGGUUCACGCCGUUCGAUUCGCUCAGAACCGCGGCGUCACAAGUGUUCCUCUCGCCGUUCCAUGCGACGCGGGCUCCUGGUUUGUCGGUCGACGCGAGCGUCUUAGAAGCUGCCAACAAUUGCUCUCACAAGCGUUGGUGUCGAAGAGUGCUUCGAGCACUAGCACUGUUACCGUCGGAGGACGGCUGUGA